CUUAUCGUAUGUCGUUUUUUGAGUUUAUUUUGAGGGCAUACCCGUACUUCGUUUGGGAGUUGGGAGUGGGAAUUUGGGUUCAAGGGAAUUAGGCAGCGGCAGAGCGAGCAAGCGAGCGGCAGCCAUGGCGACGGAGCUCGAAGAAUUGCUGGAAUUUCUUUCCUCGCCUUCUUCGCCACUGAAGAAGGCAGCGGUUGGUAUUGUUCGAGACUUAACUGGGUCCGAGGAUGGGUUGAUGUCUCUUUCUACACAUGCAAACAGUCUGCUUCCCUCUCUGUCUCGGCUCUUAAGCGAUAACAAGGAAGUCUCUGAGCCAGCAGCAGAAGCUCUUGUGAAUCUCUCACAGAACUCUAGUUUGGGUGGAAGGAUGGUCGAUAUGGGAAUGAUUAAAACAGCCAUUGAUCUGUUGUACAAACCUAAUUCUACGCUUACCCGCUUGCUAGUAAUGCUCUUGGUUAACCUCACUCAGUCGGAUGCCGGUAUUUCAUCCUUGCUUCAGGCUGAUGAUGAGAAGAUGCAAGGAUUGUAUGUGAUGAAGCUUGUGAGAUCGUUUUGUAGAUCCUCCAGUGACAAUGAAGAUGAUCCAUUUGACCAUGUUGGUUCAAUUCUUGUAAACAUCUCAAAGAAAGAAGCUGGAAGAAGAAUGUUGCUGGAUUCUAAACGAGGACUGCUGAAGCAGAUUCUCAGACAGUUUGAUUCAACUAGUCUACUGCGCAAGAAAGGAGUAUUUGGAACAGUCCAUAACUGCUGUUUUGACGCUGAAAAUCAACUCCAGCAUUUGCUUUCAAUAUCUGAGUUUCUAUGGCCGGCUCUACUGCUACCUGUUGCUGGUAACAAGAUAUACAGCACUGAAGAUCUAUCAAAAAUGCCCCCUGAACUUGCUAGCGCUCUCUCAUUUGAACGUGAACCCUGGGAUGAUCCCGGCAUUCGUGUACAAGCACUAGAGGCUAUUUACUUGGUUAUAUUGCAGGAGGCAGGUCUGAGAAACUUUUGGUCUGUCAAUGGACCGCGCAUACUACAAGUUGGAUACGCAGACGAGUCAGAUCCUAAAGUAAUGGAAGCAUAUGAGCGAGUCGGCUCCUGUCUGGUGCAGCAAUCCAUGGGAGAAGAUCCCAGUGACAUUUCUCAGGAAGGAGAAUAGUGUCUCAUCAUCAGUGUGUAAUGUUGAUUUGGUUCGGACCCUAGACAUUUAUCAAUAUCAGAUGGAAGGUAGCGGGUGUGUGGUAUUUUUACGGUUUGAAGAAACUCGUUGGUUCCAAAUCCCAAUUAAUUGGCGGUAUGGGUGGCCUGUGAUGAAUUUUGAUAGGUUGCUUACAGAGUUUGUUGCCAGGGAGCGACUUCAUGGGUACGAUUUACUCGCCAUCCCCUUAUUGGAGCGACUUCAUGGGUACGAUUCGCUCUCAAAAUUUUCUGCCGGAUUCCCUCUCCUCCAUUGUCGCAGUUUCCGACCUUAGCAGUCUUCGCUCAUCUCACACAACCUUGUGCUCAUUGAUAAUCAAUUUGCAUUUACAGUACUGAACAAUUUCUCUGAUCUAAACAACGGAAACCGUCUGAAUCGACUUGUGCUCGUCGCUCUCUAUUUGUCAGUUCGUCCAUUCUGUCAUCGCCGUCUCGUUUUCGUCGCCUGUCCAGAAUCUAUUUACAUCUAAUUUUCGUUAUUGCUUCCGGCUAUCCCCGUGAAUCCUAGUUUUCACUUUUCAGGAAUUCGGUUUGGUGUUUCCAUAUUCAAUUUUUUUUUAGCAUAUGCAUUUUCCUGUUUCAUUCAUCUGCUGUAGAAGAAGAGGAUAUUUGUGGCGCUUGCAUUUUGUUUAGGGUUUCGGGUAUGCUUUGGCUAGUUUGUGGUGUGCUUUUUACAAUUUUUUGUAAGUGUUCGUUUUAGGGAUGUUGGUAUGUAUUGAGGUGUUUGUGGUAUCCUUGAGAGAAGUUUUGUGGCCUAUUUCUCAAAUUUUCUAUUGUUUUUUAUUUUUGCACCAGUGCUUUAGUGUAGUACGAAUCACUUCUAGUCUGCUUUAGGAUAUUUGUGGUUUUCAUUAACAGCCUGUUUGGAUAGACAAAAAACUCAGGAAUUGGAAUUCCAUUUUCAAUUCCAGUUCCAUAUUUUAUGUUUGGAAGGAUAAGAAGGUUGAGAAAUGAAUUCCAUUUGGGCUAAGUUUUGGGA